ACACAAUCGGGUCUCUCGGGAUUUUUUUUGUUGUAAAACGCUCCGUUUCGCCUUAUCCUCUCCGUCACAGUGCGUCACUGCUGGUCAGUGACUCGAGGCGCCAUCGUCCUGCUUCCGUUGUGUGUGCGCGUGUGUUUGUCUGAUCCUUCUGUAGUGUUCGGUUUCCAUCGAUCCCAGCCCCGGUGCAUGUCCCUGUCCCGUCUACGUACGCUCCGUUGCUGGUGUGUCCGUGUGUGCUGUGGCGUACCGUGUUGAUCUCCGUCCAUACCGGGCACGAUGAGCAAGUUCGAGAUUUCGGACGAUGCGGACGAGCUGAACCAGGAGAUCGACGAUACCAACUUCCCGACGCGCUCCAACUCGAUCAGCUUCGGUGCGGCCAACGGCAAUGGUUCGACCGGGAGCCUCAACAACGGGUACGGUCCGUUCGCGAAUCGGCGUCGGUCGAGCAGUAUCCGGCGCACCGAGAGCGAGAUGACCGAGGGUGACGAGAACGGGCACGGUGGGGGGCACGGGCCGGUCGAUACGGGCGAGGCGGUCAAUAACAACGGUGGCGAAAAUGGCGCCACCUCGACCAGCGUAACGGCGAUCAGCGGUGGCCUUAAUCGGGCCCGACCGACGCCGAUCCGCACGACCAGUUUGUCAGGUGAGGCAAGCACCGGGGCUGACCACGGUGCCACCACUAACGCCAGCAGUGCACCCCCGCUUAACAGCACACCGAGGGCCAUCAUGACGCCAGGUCACGAAAAAUGUACCUUCCACCAUGAUCUAGAACUCGACCACAAACCGUCGACCCGGGAGGACCUGCUGCCGCUGAUGUCCAAGUCCUACCGGAUGCUGCUGUCGAGCCUGGGCGAAGAUCCGGAACGUCAGGGACUGCUGAAGACUCCGGAGCGGGCCGCCAAGGCAAUGCUCUUCUUCACGAAGGGAUACGAUCAGAGUUUGGAAGAGGCCUUGAACGGUGCCGUUUUCGACGAGGAUCACGACGAAAUGGUCGUGGUGAAGGACAUCGAAAUGUUCUCCAUGUGUGAACACCAUCUGGUACCGUUCUACGGUAAAGUUUCGAUCGGUUACUUGCCCUGCAAGAAGAUUCUCGGGCUAAGCAAGCUGGCUAGAAUUGUGGAAAUCUUUUCACGCCGUCUUCAGGUGCAGGAACGGUUGACCAAGCAAAUCGCCGUCGCUGUUACUCAGGCCGUACAACCGGCGGGCGUUGCUGUCAUCAUUGAAGGAGUACACAUGUGCAUGGUGAUGCGAGGUGUACAGAAGAUCAACAGCAAAACGGUCACCUCGACCAUGCUGGGUGUUUUCCGGGAUGAUCCGAAAACACGCGAAGAGUUCCUGACGCUCUGUAACAACAAGUGAGUCCGUAUCCUGCAUCGGUCGCCGUCCCAAACUGUUACUGUCCCGGCGGUGAUCGAUGAUUCCGGCAACAGGAAGGAGUAUUAAGAAGGGGGACGAUCGUCCUCGUGCAACUCGUUUAGGGAAUCCGAUUAGGGAACAUACACUCAUACCGAUAUACUCGAUUUUAGCUGCCAGUUUGGAGAUUUUAGGCUAUUUUUGUUUUGGUACAAUGCAGUGAAAAUGGGAAUGGAAGGAGCAUGUUUUAAAACACAGCAAAAGCCACAUUGAAAUAUUAUUAUCUUAUCCAUUGUUGUUGUAAAUGUGUGUGUGCAUACUUCGUGUGUGCAUACUUGUCGUGUCCAAUGCUUUCGUGAAAAGAAGGACAAUAAGUAGCAGUUUACCUAAUCUCAUCGAUUAAAUCGUUGCUCUCUACACACAGCGGGAAGAAUACGGUUAUACCGAUGCAUCCACGCAACAUACGAAACAUUUUAAACAAUACAAAGUAAGACAUAAACGCAACUGUUAUAAAAUUCAAUAAAAAGCAAAGCAUUGUAAAUGUGAGUGAACGUACCGUGUAUUGCUAUCCUUAAACUGUUUAGUAUUAGGAUGUUUAUACGUAUUUUUGAAACUGGUAAUUGUCACGCGAAUGGGUCCAAAUGUUAUCGAUUUGAAUAAAACAAAAUCAAGCGCCAUUCACUUGAGUCGUCAAAAUAUAUUGUAUACACCGCACAGGAGACAACCUUUUAUUGUUGUUUGUUGAAGUAUAUGCAAUGGAAGAUUGGUGUUGAUUGGAAUUGAAAUCGUAAGAAAGUACUAAGAAGGAGGAAAAAACAACGCCAAACUUUAAACGUUCUGUUCGGAAGGUCUUAAUAUACAACGAUUGCUAAAAGAGUUCAUAUACACAGUGCGCUAUGAUAUUGAUAGCUCAAAACCACCCGGUCCCUGAAAUGUACUGCAAACCGCAACGUUAAAUUCAGAGCAAGGAACUUAUAUGUAAUGGCGGAUCGGAUAGGAGACAUUCUGACUCCAAGAGAGCAGCCUAUGAAAUAUUGUUGUUAUACUAGCUGUUAUGUCCAUACGUGAAUAAAUAAGUGAAUAAACGUAAA